AUGGAUCUUUGUCGUCAAGAAAUCAAAAAUGCCAAAGCGGAGAUAGAGAGACUAAAAGCAAGUAAUGCCUUGGGAAUGGAUAAACGAGAUGUAUUACGUCGUACGCUGGACUAUUUUGAACAAAAAGAGCAAGAAGAAGGAAAUGAAGAGGGUUUAGAAUCUUUAAAAUACGUCUUGAAUUCUGUCAAGGAUAAAAUUGAUGCAAGACUAGCUGAUCUGGAAAACAUCAUUUUAGACCAAGCAGAUAAAAUGCAUCAAGUUUUCGAUAAAGAUGAUAUGAAGGAAAAUGGGUACGAGUUACGUGCAUCAUUUCAUCACGAUGGUAAGGACGGUACUGGACAUUACUGGGCAUACAUUUGGGUUGAACCAAUGGAACCAAACCUUCUGCAAGACAUCCCAUCAGAGGGCGGAUGGUUCAGGUUUUGCGAUGCUUAUGUUAUUGCUUCAAGUGAAACGGAACUUUACAACGAUCCUUAUCCCCCUUUUGCAUUAAUGUAUGCGAAUGAAACGAUACCCAAGUAUACACAAGACCAACUUUCUGAAUGUAUACCUGAAUCUCUCAAAGGAUUUAUAUCAGCAGACAACGAUUUCUUAUACCAAGAAAUUCAAGCGAAAGAGCGCACAAAUGAUCAAGGAACUGCAUCACUUAUUUCUACGUCAGAUGAUGAUGUGGAAUUCGCAGAAAAGCAGGACUCAGCGAAUUGUUUAGACCUAGAAUCUUCUUCGGCUACUUUUGAUGAUAAUAUAUCUGUUGGAACAGCUGUUGGACAUACAACCAAUGAAUACAGCGAACCCCAGCAAUAUUCAUUUACAGGACAAGGAUUUAGUAAAUUAAAAGAGCGUGUGAAUAGCAAGAUCAUGCAGGUUGUCGAUUUUGACAGUGAUGACUAUCGAUUACUGAUGAGCUUCGAAAACUUUUUAGCACGAACACAAAAUCAGUUGUUAUUAGAACACUUGUACUUGUUGUAUUCUUCCGAUGAGGUGAGCUGGAUAAAAAACCAAUUAGUGGAUGAAGAAGCAUCAAAAACAGAUGAUGAACUUAAAAUUAUAUGGCACGAAUACGAAACUUUCAUAAAUAUUGCUGGAAUGGUAACACAGGCUCUAAGCUACUUUGCGAAUCAAGAUUUUUCAAGUGCUUUGCAAUCUCUAUUGGAUGCAAAGCGUCAUGAAGCAUCAUGGAAAGAUGGUCUCUUAUUAGAUUUAGACGUUUCUAGCGCGUUUUCUGGUUUAACUACUAUUUCAUUUAAUAAUAUCGUAGAAAAGUAUGGCAAAGAAUGUUUGAAGAUUUUGAAUAAGGCUGCAUAUAAAAAAGCUUCAAAUGAAUCGUAUAGAACUCGUGGAUUAGAAGACGCUAUCCGGAUUGCAUAUCAAGCGCAAACUAUCAUUGGACCUGAUAAUAUCCAAACCGAUCAGAUAUAUCAGUCGCUUGGUGAGCUCUGGUUGACAUUUACAGAACAGCAAAACGUGGGUUCCUCAUUGACGGAUACACAGGUCGAGCUAUUAAAUACGCUGGUGAUGACCUAUCUAGAGGGACAAGGUGGAGGGUCUAUUGGAAUUCCAAGUCGAGGUGAAUCCCCUGUUGAUAACUCUGUCGAUGAUGAGAAAGACAAUGAUUUACCCUUAUGGCAAAAAUAUCAGCAGGUCUGUUCUCAAUCUGAGCAUGUGUUAACUACUUUAUCAAACAAACAAUAA